AUGAAGAAGUUGAAGAUUCGAGGAUGCCCGCUGCUGGAGAAGCUUCCUCUCGAUAACACAAAUGCUUCUGCAACAGAAGUUGAUAUCCAAGAAAUAUAUCCUGCAGAGGUAACGGUAGAUGAUGGACAGCUUAGAAGAAGAGGAGAGUUUGUGAACGCAGGACAUAAGAGGAGGCAAAUACCAGAAAGUGAUCGUGCGGAGGAGACGGCAGCUUCCAGGGAUGCUGAUGAUCGACGGCUCAGACAAGGAGGAGAGGUUGUGAGUGCUUGCUCACGACGCAUGAGGCAACAGAUAUGGGACUGUUUGCGAGAUGACAAUAUUUCAGUGUUCUCAGUUUGGGGAUGGCAGGGUGUGGGGAAGUCACGGAUCGUGAGACAGGUGGUUGCAGCGGUGAUGGAUGAAUCCAGAGAAUCCAGCCGUCUGUUUGAUGUGAUCAUACGAGUAAGAGCACCGGGGGUCGAGAGUCUUGCUGAGAAUAUGCAGGCAAGACUCAAAGGAGAAUAUGACCGUUUGCAAAAAGAGGGCAUUGCGGAAUCGUCUGUGAAGAGAAGCAUUUUAAAGGCGAUGGAUAAAAAGGGGAGAAGGAAUCGUUUAAUGGAGGUACAGAUGGGAAUGAAGGAGGCAUUGGAUAUCACAAAGUCCAUCGACUUCUACGCUGCUGCUAAACAAAUCUCGGCUAAGCUAAGCGGCCAGAGGUUCCUCCUCGUCUUAGAAGAUGUUUGGGAAAGCAUCAACUUGGAAGAGAUGGGAGUUCCAGUCAUGGCCCCUGCUUUCACCAUCGACAGCAAAGUGGUGAUCACAACUCAAUCCCAAGAAGUCUGUAACGAAAUGAAAGCCCAAGUAAACAUCAGGGUGGGGGAGUGGUCUGAAGAAGACGCCUGGGAUUUUUUACAGGAAGAGGCAGCGGAUGUUUCUGCCAGCAUUGGUUUCUCAAUAACCAGAGACAUGGUCUUCAAAUGCUUCUCUUACAUCUCCUUGCUCUGUCGAAACCGAUGCUCCAUCGAUGCAGAUUCCUUGAUAGAAGAGUAUUGGAGGUCGGUGGGCUUUUUAGAUGGAUUCUUCAAUGAGGAAGAGAAUAAAGAAGCGGCUUUCAAGAGAAUGGGGAAUGUACUGCUCAAAGAGCUUGCGGAGAGGUGCAUGGUGCUAUUGUCCCUGGUGCCAUCAAACCCAAAUUACCUAAGCUCCUUUCUAGAUAGGUGGGAAAUUUAUUUUUGGAGAGACUUAUCAAAAGUUCAAUCUAUGGAAGGGGAAUUUAUGGAUUGGCUACAAAAGCAAUUGACAAUGGAGGUAUCUUCGGGAGGACAAUAUCAUGUGGAUAUGAAUUCUCAGGUGAUGGAAGUGAUUGGUUCUCAGACUUUCCUAAUGAAGUACAGCUUAGAUAGGGAAGAAUCAUGCCAAUGGAUCUUAUUAUCCAAUAAUCAGGUAGAAACACUCCCAUUCCGCUCUCCAAAUUGCCCUCUUCUCUCAACAUUGUUGCUAAAAAACAAUGAUCAUUUGCAAGAAAUCGCAGAUGGUUUUUUCCAGAACAUGACCAAACUCCGAGUCCUUGACAUUUCUUUCACAAGCAUCACUUCCCUGCCCUCGUCCAUGUCCUGCCUAUGUGAAUUACGGUUGUUGAAGCUUCAAAGCUGCUGCAAGCUAGAGGCUCUUCCUUCAUUCUUAAAGGAUAUGCAGAAGCUCGAGAUCCUCGAUCUCCAUCAAACUCCCUUGACGAAGAUGGUGGAGGUAUCCUUCCACAACAUGCAAAGCCUCCGAUGUCUCAACAUCUCAGGUGCCUGCAACCUCAGCCGGCUCUCGCUCAAGGGUUGUCGAUCUCUAGUGAGACUGGUCAGCCUAGAUAAACUUUCAAAACUUGAGGCACUUGAUCUUUCAAGCACGAAAUUGGAGGAGCUCCCGCACGAAAUUUUCAAUCUGACAACCAUGCGGUGCCUGGACCUGUUGGGAAUGGAGCAUCUCAAGACGGUUGAUUGGAGAAAGAUAGAUCAGCUUCCAGAAAAUUUGAAUUGGGAUCGAUGUGGAUUGGACUUACUGCAUGAACAGCUACAGGACAGAAGCAUACGUCGCAUCUCAGUCAGUGAUGCCAGUGUUUUCAAGUCUUUGGACCGAAGAUCGAAGCUGUGGAAAUCCUGCUUUCUAAAAUUCCAUUUCGUAGUCUGUACCUGCAAGGGAGGGCGCAAGGAUAGAUAUGGUCGUUUUAAAGGAAACCGAUUUCUCUACCACCGUAUUUAUGCUCGAUUUGAGCCGUCUUUGAGCUAUGACAGAUGGUUGGAGGUUUGCAGCGGUGAGAAUUCCCUGGAUGGUAUUAGAGGAGUUAUCUCGGUGAUAGAAUUCUUUCAUUUGUAUGGCAAUGCGUUUGUUAAGGCACUGUCCGAUCUCGGCAUGAAGAUGGACAACCUUAAAGAAUGCUGGAUUGAGAAAUGCCAUCAAUUGGAGUAUCUGAUUGUCGGACGAAAUGUAAACAUCGGUGUGGCAGACGUUGAUGCAGCAGUCUGUUUAGAAAAUCUAAGGGUGUCCGAUCUUGCCAAAUUAAGAACAGUGUGCCAGUGGCAAUUGGGAAGUGGGAGCUUCGCAUGCCUAAAGAAUAUAUAUUUGGACUGUUGCCCGAAGCUCAUCAACUUCUUCUCUUCGAGCAUUCAGUUACAGAAUCUCAAAUUACUAGAAAUAAAAUUCUGUUGUAGACUGGAGAAGGUCUUUGAAGAAGACAGCGUGGUGGGACAAAAUGCAUUUCCAAAGCUAGUCGAUUUACGACUUUGGGAGCUACGCAAACUGAAAAGCAUUUGCGGUGGGCACUUGCCGAUGCUGAAGAAGUUGAAGAUUCGAGGAUGCCCGCUGCUGGAGAAGCUUCCUCUCCAUAACACAAAUGCUUCUGCAGCAGAAGUCAAGAUUGAAGGUGAGCUGAAAUGGUGGGAAAGCAUAAAAUGGGAAGGUAGUGUCAAGCCACACAACAUCCGUUUCAAAGAAUGGUGUCCGUCAACCAAGUGAUUCUUUUCUGCUUCAACUAGGAUCUGUUUAUUAUGUUAUUAUUCUCUUAUUGAACUAUUGUAAUUCUCUUUUA